CGUUGAUUGGUCACUUUGUGAAAAACAUCCAAAUGUUGAAUCUUCCAUAACUUUUUUCCUCAGUACUCGAGCUUCUCACGCAUUCACUAGUGCUUUCCGGCGCUGAGUCUCACAAACAAAGGGCUUCGUGGUGGUUUCCCAGCUUUGACUAUAUCAACUGAGGCAGCAGGAGGAAGGACGGCCCACUCUAGCUCUGAGGGACAGAGAGACUGCUGAACAGAAGAGUCCUGAGUGCUGAGGGGAGGAUGGCUGCCAUCAAGGCGCUGCAGCAGUGGUGCAAAAUCCAGUGCGACGGAUACCGAGAUGUGACUAUCGUGAACAUGACAACUUCUUUCAGAGACGGGCUGGCCUUCUGCGCUCUCAUCCACAAAUUUAGACCGGACCUCAUAAACUUUGAGGCCCUCAGUAAAGACAAUGUGUAUGACAACAACCACUUGGCGUUCCGUGUGGCGGAGGACCACCUGGGGAUUCCAGCUCUUUUGGAUGCUGAGGACAUGGUGGCACUGCCUGUCCCAGACCGACUCAGCAUUCUUACUUACGUCUCUCAGUAUUAUAACUACUUCAAUGGCCGCUCACCCACAGGAGGAGUUGGAGGUGUCAAACGGCCAGCAGAGGGCUCUAAGGAGGAGCCAUCGGAGAAGAAGAAUCUUCCCGUUGUUGCUAAAACCUACAACCCAAAAGCGCUUCCAGAGACCCGGCCACUUUCUUCUGCUACUACCUCAAAAACUGCCAGGGAGAACUGUCCACCACUUCUCAUUCAAAGCAGUAGAACAGAGCAACGUGUCUCAAACUCACUAACACAGAAACUUGCUGUUGAAAAACAUUCCCAAUCCACACACAUCCAAAAACACUCUCCAGCCAGUGUGUCCCCAUCCAGAGUGAAAGCCUCUCCAAAGUCAGACAGUGUUUCUGAGAAGACUGUUUUAGUGGAAACCUCCAAUAAAACUGGCACCUUGAACAGUAAAUGCACGGUAUGCAGGAGUCAUGUUCACCUGGUCCAGAGACACCUAGUGGAUGGGAAACUGUAUCAUAGGAGCUGCUUCAAGUGUUGUAAGUGUUCAGCUCCUCUACAGUCUGGGGCCUAUAAUUCAGGCCAUGAGCCAGGCACCCUGCUUUGCUCUUCCCAUCACUGUACAAAGAACGGCCUUAUGUCUUCAUCUAAGCCUUUGGGCUCAGAUCCUGCUGUGGUAGGACCCAAAUCUGAGAAUGGAAGUGGGCCAUCUCCUCCACGGCACGUUUCUGUGCUGUCCAGCCCUGUUAAGUCUGUGCCCAGACCAGCGGAGCCCAGCCCAGCCCCUCAGCCAUGGACAGCCUCCGCACAGAGGACCCAAGCAGCCAGGCAGAAAUUCUUCCUGUCUUCAGACUCAGGUCCGCAGCCUUCAGCCAGCGUAAGGCGCCCCUCUGAGCCUCCUGUUGCCCAGAACGGUGUCAGCCUGAAGUCUGAAGAAGAGAAGGAGCGGGCCCGAGCCUUGAUCGCGAAGAAACUAGCUGAAGGAAAUUGCAACAAUAACAACAGGGCAUAUAGCUGUGGUCUUGGAGCAGACAACAGAUUGGGAAGCAGACGCUCGUCUGAUGAAGUCCCCAGCUGGAAGCAGGAGAGGCCUGGCUCAGCUGCAGGAGAACGAAGAACCGGCCAGCUUUUACCCUCCCCCACCAGUACCACUACCAGCAGCAGAGAGUCCCUCUGGCUGAACGCCAUCAGCAAGGAGCACACUAGACUUCCCUCUGCUCCCCUCUCCAUCGCCAGAGCCAAAGACGUAGGGAGCUGUGAAAAGCCAGCUGACUGGCAGUCAAAGCUGAAUGUGUCUCCAAAUGGACCAGGACUAAAAAUUUGCAGUGUUACUGAGGUUAAGGGUGUGACUCCUGAGAAAACCAACAUCAAUUCCAACUCCAACAACCAGCUGAAUUAUCAGUACACUCCUGCUACGUCCAUCUUCCAAGCUCCGAACCCUAGUCAUCCUGUAGUUGACCAUUCCACUCAAAAAUCUCUGGUCACAGAUCAACCACGUCAUGGCCCUGCUGGCUGGGGCUUUAAGAACGAGAUUCAUACACCAGCUUUCUCUCCUAGUGGUAGAACUUGGUCUGUGAACUCCUCCCUCGUCAAACCACCCAGCCCCACAGUUCUUCCUCCAGAAGAGACUCGUCUUGGGUCUACUGGAAGGGCCCCUAUAUAUGAGAGUUCCAUUAGCUCAUCCCCCAGUUGCAAAGAUCCAAUUCCAGAACAACACCUAGGAGGGCUCACUGGCUCCAGUAAUACAUCUAGAAAUUCCAUCCCAAGAAGAUCUGACUCUCCAUCCCACCAGCCUGCGCUGGAUGUCAGUCUCUCCUUGCGUGAAUCAUCCAAACCCAGAGCACCUUCUCCUAAACAGUCAAACCAUUGUGUUCCUGCAGAGCAUGGUUCUGAAAAUGGAAAUGUGACGUUCAAAAACACUUUAACAUCUGAAACAAUAUCACCCCCAAUCAAGUCUCACCAUAUCCCGAUGGAGCAGAUCACUAAGGAGCUGCAGGAAAUUGAGGACAGCCUGAGUGAUUUGGAGAAGGAAGGAAUAGAUCUGGAGAGGAGACUCCGCAGCUGUGAGGAAGAGGGGAGUGGGGACAUUCUGAUGGAUCCAUUGAUGGUGGACUGGUUUAACCUGAUUCGAAAGAAGCAAAGUUACAUACGGAGAGAAUCUGAGCUCAUGUACAUAGUAAAAACUCAAGAUUUAGAGGAGCAGCAACCAGGAGUGGAGGGAGAGCUCAGAAGACUGAUAAAUAAACCAGAGCAUCUAAAGAGCACAGCUGAAAGGAAGAGGGAGUCUUAUCUGAUGAAUCGGUUGGUAGAGAUUGUGAAUGACAGGAACGCCAUUGUGGAGGGACUGGAGGAAGACAGACUGAGGGAGGUAGAAGAAGAUCAGCAACUGAAUGAAUUGAUGCAAAGACUUGGUCUAAAAAAACUAAAAAGCAAGAGAAAGUCAUCCUUCUCAAAGUUGUUCAGACGAAGAAGUAAAAAAGCCUUGGUGGAGGGAUGAUCUUCAGGAGAACAGAAGUUCACAGGAUCUGGCUUUAAGCUGAUGACUAGCUGUCAGUCUCAGCAUGUACAGCCACGUGACAUGGAAGAGAGGUAGGCCUGAAGUCACUGCUCAGAAGCUUGGGGGGGUCAGCUUUCCAUGACCUUCAUCGCAGACCUGUCACAGAACACUCAGCGUCACGACAGGGUUCUACAGAAAACAAUGUGUAGGUUAGUUUUAAGAUUU